UGCAGCGCGAGCGCCAUCUUCCUCAGUAAAAUUUACCUGCAUUUCGUGAAAGAUCUUUUCUCGUGUGUUAUUAGGAGUGUGAACGGUGACGAACGUUAUGUAGCAACGUGGAUAUCACAUGUGCACCCACCGUGCUCUCGCCGCAGCAACCGCCGGACGAUGCACGAUCACAGAACGCUACCCAACGAUAGCUCCGCCACGUAACGCCGACGACAAGAGAACGCUAGCGCGAGCGAGGGGUUACUGCCGGACGAUGCCCGAUCGGCGAGCGCCCGCCACCACAUAACGCCGUCCCGCGGACGACAAGAGGACGCUAGCGCGAGCGAGGGCGGAAUCGCCGGACGAUGUCCGAUCGGCGAACGCCCGCCACCACAUAACGCCGCCCGUCGUAAGAGAACGCUGCUAGCGCGUGCUCGAAAGAAGCCCGGGAGAUUUCUGCGUGAGGUUCGCGAUGGGGUCGAUGUCGGCCGAGGUGCGGCUCCGCAAGCUGGAGCAUCUGUGGCUCGCGGGGCCGCAGCUGAGCAACGGCGAGGCGCUCAGCCUCGAGACGCUGCUCGAUGUGCUCGUCGUGCUACACGACGAGUGCUGCGGGUCGACGCUGCGCCGCGAGAAAAGCGUCUCCGAGUUCGUCGAGUUCGCCAAACCGAUUGUGAACUCGAUCAAACAGCUGCGACUGCAGAGAGAGGACUUUGAGGUGCAGAAGGUGAUAGGACGCGGUGCUUUUGGAGAGGUGGCGGUCGUGAAGCAGAAAGCGACGGGAAAGGUCUACGCGAUGAAGAUCCUCAACAAGUGGGAGAUGCUGAAGCGCGCGGAGACGGCGUGCUUCAAGGAGGAGAGAGACGUGCUCGUGUAUGGAGACCGCCGCUGGAUCACGGAGCUGCACUACGCCUUCCAGGAUGAGAAGAACUUGUACUUCAUCAUGAACUACCACUGCACUGCCGCGAUGGAGGAUGGCAAGGGCAAGUACGGCUGUGAGUGUGACUGGUGGUCGCUCGGCGUCUGCAUGUACGAGAUGCUGUACGGGGAGACACCCUUCUACGCCGAGUCACUCGUCGAGACAUACGGCAAGAUCAUGAGUCACAAGAAGCGCUUCGUGUUACCGGACAACGGCGAGGGAUGCUCGCGGGAAGCCAUGGACCUCAUCAAUCGUCUCUGCUGCUCGCCGGAGCAUCGGCUCGGCAAGGGAGGCAUCGACGACUUCAAGCUGCACCCGUUCUUCAAGGGCAUCGACUGGGACAACAUACGCGACGGUAACGCCCCCUACCUGCCGGAGGUCAGCAGCCCCACGGACACGUCGAACUUCGAUGUCGAGGAGUCCGACUUCAAACCGUGCGACACGGCUCCACCCAAGGCUCACACGCCGUUCACGGGACAUCACCUGCCGUUCGUCGGGUUUACGUACACGCACAACCUCGCCACCUACAUGUCACUCUCAGCGGUGGGUCACGACCUUGACCUCGACGAGCACGAUGACAACACGCGCGUCGCUGUCAACAGUCAGCUGUCGUCACGGUCCAGCGCGUCGGAGCUGGGCGACAAGCUGAGUCCGGAUGCUGAGGUAACGAUGCUAACGAUGCUUACGACACUAACGACGUCGAUGCUGAAGGUGGAGUUGGAGAAGGUUCAGGAGCGGCACACUGCCAGCGCGGAGCAGCAGCAGACGCGCUACGAUCAGGAGACGAAGAACCUACAGGAGCAGCUACAGUACAGCGAGACGCAGCAACAGUCUCUGCAGAAGGAGGUGCAGCUCUACAAGGAGAAGGUGGAGCUGGCACGUACAGAGAGCCAAUCGGAGACGCAAGAGUCGCUGAAUGACAUGAAGAGACGUUACGCCCGGGAGAAGUCCAUGCUAGAGGAAGACAACGGCAAGCUGCAGAAGGAAGCCGACCAGAUGGCGCAGCUGGUGCAGCGCAUCACUAACGAGCGGAAUCAGAUGGAGCAUGAGCUGUCGAAUCUACAGGACAAGCGAGACUCCGUCGCCCAGUGGGAGGCGCAGAUAUCCGAGAUCAUACAGUGGGUCAGCGAUGAGAAGGAUGCGCGAGGCUACCUGCAGGCUCUGGCCACCAAGAUGACCGAGGAACUGGACGUGCUCAAGGCCACGGGCAUGGGUGGAACGGCCGACAAGAGCUGGAGGAAUCGGCGCUCGCAGAAGAUGGAGAAGAUGGAACUGCUGCACCUGCAGUCGUCGCUGCAGAUGGAGAUCCAGGCGAAGCAGCAGAUCUCGGAGGAGCUGACGAAGAUCAAGGCUGCUCACGUCGCCUCCGAGAAGUAUGCUGUUUGUAGUCGUAAAUACCUGGGGAAGACGGCGAGUCUGGAGGACCAGCUUCAGGAGAUGCUGGAGAUCAACAAGGAGCUGGAGAUCAUGGAGGAGGAGAAGCUGCAGCAGAUCAAGACCCUCGAGAAGCAGGUGAAGUCUGCACGCACCGAGCGGGACGACGCGCUCAGGGAGUUGGCAUCGUUCCAGGAGAAGUACAGCUGUCAGUCGAAGGAGCUGAAGGACGCUCUAGGUCAGCGCAAGCUCGCCAUGACAGAGUUCACCGACGUGCCGAAGCUGGGUGGCAUUAAGCGCGGCUGGGUGAAGCAGCACGUCGUCGUCUGUGAUUACAAGCUCUUCCUCUACGACCUUCUCCCGGACAAGGGACCCGGCGUCGAGGUCGCCGAGGUCAUCGACAUGAGGGACGAGGAUUUCUCAGUCACCUCAGUGCUGGAGUCAGAUGUCAUCCAUGCCAAUAGGAAAGACAUAGCCUGCAUAUUCAGGAUCACAACGUCGAUGGUCGACCCGCCGCGGCUGCGUCACUCCAUGCUCAUGCUCGCCGACAACGAGACGGAGAAGUCCAAGUGGGUGCAGGCGCUCAACGAGCUGCAUCGCAUACGCCGCAAGAACAAGCUGCACGACCGAACGGUUUUCCAAGCGAAGGAGGUGUACGAUAACACACUGCCGAUAAUCAAAAACGCACUGUGUGCUGCUAUUAUAGAUCAAGAAACUGUGGUAUUAGGAACUGAUGAAGGUUUAUACCUGCUGGAACUAGCUAGUGAUGGUAAGUCAGCUCAGGAUGAAGAGAAUAAACGAGUAUCUCAGAUUGACUUCAUCGAGAGAGCGUUGUUAGUCAUACUUACCGGCAAGCAGCGUCAACUACGAUUGGUGCCAGUGCUGGCACUAGAGGGCGUGAAUGUAGACUGGGUGAAACUGCCAGAAGCGAAGAACAUCUCUUACUACUGCAUUGGUAAAAUCCACCAGGGGACGCCACCAUGCGUAUUCGUGGCAAUAAAACGGCAGGUGAUCAUCUACGAGAUCACGCGCACGAAGCAGCGACACAAGAAGCUGCGUGAGCUCGCUCUGCCCGCGCCUGCGUUCUGGAUGAACCUCGUCGGGGACCGUCUGUGCGUCGCCACGCAGGCCGGCUUCUUCCUGUUUGCCGUGCUCGGGGACCAUCACCACACGCUCGUUAACGCCGAUGACGCCAGCCUGAAGUUCCUGACGGCGGGCUCGUAUGAGCCGAUGACGGCGGUGAGAGUGUCUGACAAUGAGUUUCUACUCGUCUUCAACAAUCUGGGUCUAUACGUGGACAACACGGGGCGGCGAACCCGGGAGGAGGAGCUGAUGUUUCCUGCCCGACCGCAGGCGAUCAGCGUCGCCACACCCUUCCUCAUGGUGUUCACCGAGACGCACAUCGACAUGUUCGACAUCGGCGCCGCCACCUGGGUGCAGACGAUCAACCUGAAGGGGUCGAAGCCGCUGUGUCGUGACGGGUCGCUCGUGCUCAGCCAGUGCUCCGACCUGCCUCGCCUCCUCUUCAUGAAGAACAUCGACGUCGGUGAGUCGGUGGCGCCACCUGUCGGGGCAGCUGACGGGCGAGCCUGGCGCGCUGGUCUGGCACAUUGCAGUGGGCUCCACGACCUUGACCUCGACGAGCCACAGAUGACAACACGCGCGGUCGGCUUCAACAGUCAGCUGUCGUUUCCGGUGCGCAGCGCGUCGGAGCUGGGCGACAAGGGCUGA